AUGUGUUCUGUGGGAUUUUUCAGACAAUUUAAGCAGGCCAAAGACCCAGCCGUACUCCGUGAACUUAACAGUUACGUGAAGUUCCGUACGAAAUUGGCUCUGGCAAAGGCUCGUGUUCAGUUUCUGGAUGAGUGCAUAUCCAAUUCAGAAUAUCCCAAACAAUAUCACACCGUUCUGAAGAGGAAUCGAAUUAACAUCACUACAGUAGCUUUACGUCGUCAAGCGCUCAAUGAGAGAGAUACUGUGUCAAGUCGAGUGCCGGAAAUGGAGCGUAAUUUUGUGAAAUCAUCUCGAGUACUUGAUGAGUUGACUCUAGAAGAAAAGGAAAUGUUCGUUGUCUAUAUUCAAUCAAUUGUUGACAAACAAGUGGAACGGACAUUUGUUAAACUUCGAAAACGUAUCAACCCGAGCAAACCGACUGGUGAGUUCCCUACAGAUCCGAAGAAAUUCGUCCAUAAUUUGUCAUCCAUAAGCCUGAAUAAGACAUCACUUGAGGUGUUAUCCCUAGGGCCAAAGUUUUGUUGUCCAACCAAUAAGACUAAACAAUUGGAUAUGGAAGUUGAGUUUGAGAGCCUGUUUGAUCAGCUAUCAGGUCUUGUUCCGUCCUCGUCGCAGGAGUUAGAGAAACUGAAGUCCACGUUCGUGAACUCAUGUUAUCAAUAUCGCGAAAAUAGACCGUUGGCAAAAGGAUUAUUAACGUCGGAACACCUGAAGAGCCUCAAAGAAUUGCAGGCCAAUAGAGAAAUAAUGUUGUCAAAACCAGAUAAAGGUGCGGGUAUCGUAAUUCUCAAUAGGUCGGAUUAUAUAGAGAAGAUGAAGGUGAUAGUGAGUGAUGGCUCCAAGUUCACGAAGACCCCAUCUGAGAAGGAUAAGACGUCUCAGAUAGAAAAAUCGAUUUCAACGAGAAUAAGAUCCUUGAAACAGAAAGGAAUAAUCGACGCGAUGACCUUCGAAAGGAUACGACCGACAGGAACGGUAAUUCCCAGAUUGUACGGUCUACCUAAGGUACACAAAGAAGGCGUCCCAUUGAGACCGAUUCUGGAUAUGUGUAACUCUCCAUAUCACGCAGCAGCAAAGUGGUUGACGGGCUUAUUGGAACCAGUAAGAGCCGCAAUUUCUAGGCACAGUCUACAAGACACCUUCCAUUUUGUAGAAACUGUGAAGAACCUGGAUCUAGAAGAAAAGCGGAUGAUAUCACUGGAUGUUACUUCACUGUUCACAAAUGUCCCGAUCAGUGAAACAAUCAACUAUCUGUGCGAUUACAUUCAGAGCAACGGAAUCGAUUUGGGUAUCCCGUUGGAUGAACUGAAACAGUUACUCUAUGUCUGCACACAUAAUAUCCAGUUUCAGUUCAAUGGUGAAAUCUAUCGUCAGAAGGACGGAGUUGCAAUGGGAUCGCCUUUGGGGCCCCUAUUUGCCGAUAUUUUCAUGGCAAAACUUGAAAAUAAUCAACUUGAACCCAUAAUCCGAGAUUUUACCUUGUACAAACGAUACGUAGACGACGUCAUAUGUGUGCUAGAUACCAAUCUGGACACAAAUAUGCUUCUUAACAAUUUUAAUGCUGCCCAUCCCAAUGUUCAAUUUACUUUGGAAGAAGAAAAGGACAAUAGUCUAUCGUAUUUAGACGUUUGCAUAAGCCGUCGGAAUGAUUUUUCCGUCCAGUUAUCAGUGCACAGAAAAGCUACAUGGAACGGACAAUACAUCCAUUUUCACAGCUUUGUGCCCCUCAAAAUGAAGAGGAAUCUAAUACGUUGCUUAGUUAACAGAGCAAGAAAAAUCUGCUCCGAAGACACAAUAAUAAAUGAACUCGUUUUUCUGCGGAGUGUUUUCUUAAAUAACGGCUAUCCUGAACGGUUUAUUGACAAGACGAUGCAAGAAAAUGAAGGGAAAUCAAAGGAGAUAGGAGCCGCCAAGAAGAUACUAUACGCGCGUUUACCGUUCAAAGGCGACACGGAAGCCGAAAUUAUUCAACGAAGAUUAUCGGGAGUUAUCAACAAAACAUUCUACGCUGCACAGUUGCAAAUCCUGUUCGUUUCCAAACCGAUAGUGUGUUUUCGAUUGAAGGACAUAGUGCCGAAUUCUGCAACCUCGUUUUGUGUGUAUUCCUUCACCUGUUCCUGUGGAACUAGGUACAUUGGUCGCACGACUCGGCGCUUAUCCGAACGCGUUCGCGAACACCACCCGGCCUGGCUGAACACGGGAGCAAUUAAGACAAUUACGAGUGCGGUGUGCUCACACCUUGUUGAAUCAAACCACUCAGUCGAGGUGAUAAACGCUUUUCGCACCAUUUUCAAAGUCCGAGGAAAGCAAUCAAGACUUGUCAAGUGUCGCAUCUUAGCCACAGCCGAAGCCGUGAGCAUUCGUCUCUACAAUCCUCCCCUGUGCGCUCAGAAACAAUUUGUGCAAGCACUUAAGCUUCCGUGGCCCACGUCAUGGUCCCGAACACAUGUGCAACCACUUGAACAUUCCACACUGUGA